AUGAGCCUACUGCGCAGUCCUCGCCCGACUCUCACACAGCUUCCCGACGACAUCUUAUACGAGCUCUUCAAGGCUCUUGAAGGAAUAGACCCCGCUCAGAGUCCUUCUACACACGCCUACACGAUCGCAUCGGCACGACGUGGCUCCGAACCUGCAUCGCUCGGUUGGAUCACCCUGACGCACGUCUGUCGCCGCCUACGCAAUAUUGGGAUCAACUGCGUGCCGACGCUAUGGGGCCGUGUUCUCUGCGUCUUCCCAAGCGAGCAUGCUUGGAAGACAGCGUUCGAGCGCUCGAAGUCCGCCCCGUUGGUUCUUGAUCUGGAUGACGACAGGAUCCGCGCCGUUGCCCCCCAUCCUCUUCCCACUACCAUUCUCUCCAGAGCACUUUCGAUCAUCGAUACAAUUUAUGGCAACACCCCUAUCGAACGGAAAUGGUGGAUCGAUGCAACACUUCCUCACGUUGUGUCUCUCGAGCUAUCCUACGAGCUCACGAGUUAUGUGGACUACGUACGCGAGUGGCGUCGCAUUGUAAUUCUGGAUGGACGUAUAUCUGCCCCGUCUUUGGCGUGGUUUCGGGCCGACGGCUGCUUCAUCCCCUUCAACGCACCGGCACUGCGUUAUUUGGAAAUCAGGCACACAGUCGUAUGGACAAUGCUCCUGGACUCCCUACGGUCUUGUCCACUUCUUGAGCAACUUCACUUGAAUGACGCAUGUGAACCUACCACGCUCGCACUUGACGCUCCAUCGCAAGUUGCUCUUCCUCGCCUCGAAUUCAUCUGCUUGUACGAGCCCUCGAACAUCGGCGUAUGCAAAGUCCUCGACAACCUGACUGGUUCAUCGACCAUGAGGAUAAUAGCGCGCUUCUGUCCGUCCACGGCCGUUUUCCGCAACCUUCUUGAUCGCCGGCGCUCUUCCGGAUACCAGCUCGGAUGCGGCAGGGUGUUGAACAUUUCGGCGACACGUAGCAGCGUCGACGGCACACGGACGCUCCGCCUAGCCGUCGCGGAUUGCCGACCUCCUCGAGACGAAGACGCACCCUACAAAUCCGACUUGUUCCGUUUGGAGUCGCGCGCACACUGGCGUUUGGAACAGCGUGAGGCGCCCGCGAUCGCCGCUUCUGGGUUGGUCAAUAUGCUUGGAGAAGCAUUCCCGCCUGGGGAGUCGGCUCUGGAUAUUCGAUUGCUAGCCUUCCAGGACGACGAGGAGGAAUACUGCUAUGUCUGCCCUCUCCCUUACGCUCCUGAUAUGAUGGAGUCGCUCGGGGAAGUCCUCCUCGCGCUCUCAAGAGUGGAGGUGUUAUUUGUUCAGAGCCGCAACUUUGAGAUUCUCAAGCUCCUGCGUGACUCGUUGGAGCGCGCUGAAUCUCCCGAGUCUCCGGGCACUCUGUUCCCGGAGCUGCAAUCGCUCUUCGUCGACAUACGCGUGGUACGUCUGAGCGAAUCGCAAUGGAGCGUCGUGGUGGAUAUUCUCGCGUACCGCAAGGCUGCCGGACGGCCGCUCGAUCGCCUCGUACUUCUCGGCACCCAUCUCUGCCAUCUCUCUCCGGAUAACUAUCCCGGCGUUACGAAGCUCAAGGUCGAUCUUCGGCCCAUCAAGAAGCUCGUGGGCGAGGUUGUAGACCAGAGGAAAGGAGGGAAGAAGUGCACGUGCGGCAAACUGUGUUAG